AAUGCAUCAUAUUGCCAAUCUGGCAAAAAAGAAUGAAGUGAGCUGCAACAUGCACCUCUGUAAAUCCUGUCUUGUUAUCUCAGUGACAGAAGCCUGGCUGGUGGGUAGCUCGCUCUGAGAGAAAUCGACAUGUCAUAUUCCUAGCUUCACGCGUGGAUCACCACCAAGCCGAUAGGCCGGAAGAAAGGCACAAGGGCAGCGAAGUUAUUGGCUGCUACCACCUUGUUACAUCACUUGCUGCGGCACUUAUGCCAAACCCAACGGGUUUAACUCACAAUCCAGGCACACAGCCCCGAGAGAUACCUGGUCAAGCCCCGCUACAUGUGCGAUGUUCAGCUCUCUUUGCAUAUCGAACCCCGGAGGCCGUGGCGAUUUACCCUGUACGGCGAUUCUCAGCCUCAACUCGCUUCUGCGAAAGUGUUUUCUUUUCUUUUUUCUUGGUGAACCUCGUAUUUUGGUCCCUUUUUACCUCAUUGUUCUUUUUUUUCCCUCUUAUACCCGGCCAGCCAAGCAUAUGUCGGCCCUUCUUCCCCCUCCGCACCAAGCCCGAACCAGGCAAGCCGGCGAUACUCCAUACCAAAGGAUACUCGGCCGGAGCCUCAAGUUGUUCCCGCUCUUCGCUUCGAACUCUCCAAGUGUUGACUACGACAAGCAAAAGGUCCUAGGAGCCAUGGCAAACCGAACAUGAUCUAUCACUUCGAGCUAGUGUUCGUCAACUAACUCGGAUUGUAAUUAAUCACAAGAAUCUAUCAAUCCGGGAAAACACACCACAUCUGGACGGUGUUUGCUUUUGUCU